GGCCGCCCGCUAGGACCGGGGCGGCGGCGGCAGCGGCGGCCCCCGCGCCCCCCCCCCCCCGCCCCCGGCACCGGCGCCGCCACCGGGAUCAUGUCGCUGCUCUGCGUCGGAGUUAAAAAGGCCAAGUUCGACGGGCCCCAAGAGAAGUUUAACACCUACGUAACACUGAAGGUACAAAAUGUCAAGAGCACAACCAUCGCGGUGCGGGGCAACCUGCCCUCCUGGGAGCAGGACUUCAUGUUUGAGAUCAACCGGCUCGACCUGGGCCUGACGGUGGAGGUGUGGAACAAGGGGCUCAUCUGGGACACCAUGGUGGGGACAGUGUGGAUCCCCCUCCGGACCAUCCGGCAGUCCAAUGAGGAGGGCCCUGGGGAAUGGCUCACACUCGACUCCCAGGUCAUCAUGACCGACAAUGAGAUUUCAGGCACCAAGGACCCCACUUUCCACCGAAUCCUCCUUGACACUCGCUUCGAGCUGCCGCUGGAUAUCCCCGAGGAGGAGGCCAGGUAUUGGGCCAAGAAACUGGAGCAGCUCAAUGCCAUGCGGGACCAGGACGAUUAUGCCUUCCAGGAGGAGCAGGAAAAGCCUCUGCCUGUUCACAGCUCCCAGUGCUGCAACUGGAAUUAUUUUGGCUGGGGAGAACAGCAGAACGAUGACCCUGACAGCACAGUGGAUGACCGGGACAGCGAUUAUCGCAGCGAGACCAGCAACAGUAUCCCGCCACCGUACUACACCACCUCCCAGCCCAAUGCCUCCGUCCACCAGUACCCCAUGAGGCACCAGCAGCAGAGCUCCCGCGACUCCUACACCGACUCCAUGCAGAGCUACGAGAUGGACUACUCAGACCAGCGUCCCAUCAGCCCCACGGGGAGCAGCCGCUACGCCUCGUCGGCCGAGCUGAGCCAGGGCAGCUCCCAGCUGAGCGAGGACUUCGAGAAUGAGAGCCUGCGGGACUCGGAGCUGGAUGAGCGGGACGGCGACUCCUACCACUCCUGCCACAGCUCUGUCAGCUACCGCAAGGACUCGCCCCGCUGGGAGGAGGAGGAGGAGGAUGAUGAGGAUCUCUAUUUGGAGGAGGAGGAAGAGGAAGAGGAAGAGUUCAAUGAGGACUACAGCGAGAACGAGGAAGGCUACCCCAAGGAGGAGGAGGAGGAGGACCUGCAGGAGCAGGACACCUAUGAAACCCCCGAGCGUGAUGCCUACCCUCCACCUCAGAAACCCCCGGGGCAGCAGCAACAGGUCCCACAGCAGCAGCAGCAGCAGCAGCAACCCCAGCAACCCCAGCUGGUCCCACAGCUGAAGCCGCAGCAGCAGGAGAGGAAGGAGGAGAGGAAAGAGGAGAGGAAGGAGGAGAAGGACACCUCUGCCCCCCAGGAAACCCCAGAGGCCCCCCAGGCCGAGCGGGGAGCAGAUGAAGCUCCCCUGCCAGAGGUGGCCCCCGAGCCUGAGCCCCUGAAACCAGCUGAGAGGGAGGAGGCAGAAGUGGAGGUGCAGGACCCCAAAGCCCGAGCCAAAGCCAACUGGCUGAGAGCCUUCAACAAGGUCUGCAUGCAGCUGCAGGAGGCUCGCGGGGAAGGUGAUGGAGAAGCUAAAUCCCUGUGGUUCAAAGGCGGGCCUGGAGGUGGGUUGAUCAUUAUAGACAGCAUGCCGGACAUACGCAAGCGAAAACCCAUCCCCCUAGUUAGCGAUUUGGCAAUGUCCCUGGUCCAGUCCAGGAAAGCGGGAAUCACGUCCGCGCUGGCCUCGAGCACCUUGAACAACGAAGAGUUGAAAAACCAUGUUUACAAGAAGACCCUGCAAGCCUUAGUGUACCCCAUCUCCUGCACGACGCCCCACAACUUUGAGGUGUGGACAGCCACCACCCCCACCUACUGCUACGAGUGUGAGGGGCUGCUCUGGGGCAUCGCCCGGCAGGGCAUGCGCUGUGCCGAGUGCGGCGUCAAGUGUCAUGAGAAGUGCCAGGACCUGCUCAAUGCUGACUGCCUGCAGAGGGCGGCAGAGAAAAGCUCCAAGCACGGAGCAGAGGACCGGACCCAGAAUAUCAUCAUGGUGCUCAAGGACCGCAUGAAGAUCCGGGAGCGCAACAAGCCGGAGAUAUUUGAGCUGAUCCAGGAGGUGUUUGGGGUCACCAAGACCACGCACACACAGCAGAUGAAGGCAGUGAAGCAGAGUGUCCUGGAUGGCACCUCCAAAUGGUCAGCCAAGAUCAGCAUCACGGUUGUUUGUGCCCAGGGUCUGCAAGCAAAGGAUAAGACGGGUUCCAGUGACCCAUAUGUCACUGUCCAGGUUGGAAAGACAAAAAAAAGGACUAAAACGAUCUAUGGCAAUCUCAACCCGGUCUGGGAGGAGAAUUUCCAUUUCGAGUGCCAUAACUCCUCCGACCGCAUCAAGGUCCGCGUCUGGGACGAAGAUGAUGAUAUCAAGUCCCGUGUCAAGCAGCGCUUCAAGAGGGAGUCUGACGACUUCCUGGGCCAGACAAUCAUUGAGGUCCGGACCCUGAGCGGGGAGAUGGACGUCUGGUACAACCUCGACAAGCGGACAGACAAGUCGGCCGUGUCAGGAGCCAUCCGGCUGCACAUCAGCGUGGAGAUCAAAGGCGAGGAGAAGGUGGCUCCCUACCACGUACAGUACACCUGCCUGCACGAGAACCUCUUCCACUUCGUGACGGAUUUGCAAAACAACGGGGUGGUGAAGAUCCCCGACGCCAAGGGGGAUGACGCCUGGAAGGUGUACUUCGAUGAGACAGCCCAGGAGAUUGUGGAUGAGUUUGCCAUGCGCUAUGGGGUGGAGUCCAUCUACCAGGCCAUGACGCAUUUUGCCUGCCUUUCCUCCAAAUACAUGUGCCCGGGGGUGCCGGCGGUGAUGAGUACCCUGCUAGCCAACAUCAACGCCUACUAUGCCCACACCACGGCUUCCACCAACGUCUCAGCCUCUGACCGCUUUGCUGCUUCCAAUUUCGGGAAGGAACGGUUUGUCAAACUCCUCGACCAGCUGCACAACUCGCUGCGGAUCGACCUCUCCAUGUACCGGAACAACUUCCCUGCCAGCAGUCCGGAACGGCUGCAGGAUCUCAAGUCCACAGUGGAUUUACUGACCAGCAUCACCUUCUUUCGGAUGAAGGUCCAGGAGCUGCAGAGCCCCCCCCGAGCCAGCCAGGUGGUGAAGGACUGCGUGAAAGCCUGCCUCAACUCCACCUAUGAGUACAUCUUCAACAACUGUCACGAGCUGUACAGUCGCGAGUACCAGACGGACCCGACUAAGAAAGGCGAGGUGCCCCCUGAGGAGCAGGGCCCCAGCAUCAAAAACCUGGACUUCUGGUCCAAGCUCAUCACCCUGAUAGUCUCCAUUAUCGAGGAGGACAAGAAUUCCUACACGCCCUGCCUGAACCAGUUCCCCCAGGAGCUGAACGUGGGGAAGAUCAGCGCCGAGGUGAUGUGGAACCUCUUCGCUCAAGACAUGAAAUACGCUAUGGAGGAGCACGACAAGCACCGCCUAUGCAAGAGCGCGGACUACAUGAACCUGCACUUCAAGGUGAAGUGGCUCUACAACGAGUACGUCACUGAGCUGCCCUCCUUCAAGAGCCGUGUGCCCGAGUACCCGGCCUGGUUUGAGCCCUUCGUUAUCCAGUGGCUGGAUGAGAACGAAGAGGUGUCACGGGAUUUCCUGCACGGAGCACUGGAGCGGGACAAGAAGGAUGGGUUCCAGCAGACGUCGGAGCACGCACUCUUCUCUUGCUCUGUGGUGGAUGUCUUCUCCCAGCUCAACCAGAGCUUCGAGAUCAUCAAGAAGCUUGAAUGCCCCGACCCCCAGAUUGUUGGGCACUACAUGCGAAGGUUUGCCAAGACCAUCAGCAACGUGCUACUCCAGUACGCUGAGAUCAUCUCCAAGGAUUUCGCCUCCUACUGCUCCAAGGAGAAAGAGAAAGUGCCCUGCAUCCUGAUGAACAACAUCCAGCAGCUCCGUGUCCAGCUCGAGAAGAUGUUUGAAGCCAUGGGUGGGAAAGAGCUGGACACAGAAGCCAGUGAUAUCCUCAAGGAACUGCAGGUGAAACUCAACAAUGUCCUGGAUGAGCUGAGCCGAGUCUUUGCCACCAGUUUCCAGCCACACAUUGAGGAAUGCGUGAAGCAGAUGGGUGACAUCCUGGGCCAGGUGAAGGGCACUGGCAAUGUCCCUGCCAGCACCUGCAGCAGCGUUGCGCAGGAUGCUGACAAUGUCCUGCAGCCCAUCAUGGACCUCCUGGACAGCAACCUGACACUCUUUGCCAAGAUCUGUGAGAAGACGGUGCUGAAGCGGGUGCUGAAGGAGCUCUGGAAGCUGGUGAUGAACACGAUGGAGAAGACUAUCGUCCUGCCCCCACUCACCGACCAGACGGGCACGCUCUUGAGAAAACAUGGCAAGGGGACAGAGAAGAGCAGGGUGAAGCUGCCCAGUCACACUGAAGGCACGCAGAUGAUUUUCAACGCAGCCAAGGAGCUGGGGCAGCUCUCCAAGCUGAAGGACCACAUGGUGCGGGAGGAAGCCAAGAGCCUGACCCCAAAGCAAUGUGCCGUGGUGGAGCUGGCACUGGACACCAUCAAGCAAUACUUCCAUGCUGGUGGUGUGGGGCUGAAGAAGACGUUCCUGGAGAAGAGCCCCGACCUGCAGUCGCUGCGCUACGCCCUGUCCCUCUACACCCAGGCCACCGACCUCCUCAUCAAAACCUUCGUGCAGACACAGGCUUCGCAGGGCUCCGGUGUGGAUGACCCGGUCGGGGAGGUGUCCAUCCAUGUGGAGCUCUUCACCCACCCCGGCACUGGCGAACACAAAGUCACCGUCAAAGUGGUGGCUGCGAAUGACCUCAAGUGGCAGACGUCGGGCAUCUUCCGGCCCUUCAUCGAGGUCAACAUCAUCGGGCCCCACCUUAGCGACAAGAAGAGGAAAUUUGCCACCAAAUCCAAGAACAACAGCUGGGCCCCCAAGUACAACGAGAGCUUCCAGUUCACGCUGGGGACGGAGACAGGCCCGGAGUGUUACGAGCUGCAGGUGUGUGUGAAGGAUUACUGCUUCGCCCGGGAGGACCGGACCGUGGGCAUCGCUGUCCUGCAGCUCCGUGACAUCCUGCAGCGCCCCGGCUGUGCCUGCUGGCUGCCCCUGGGCCGCCGCAUCCACAUGGAUGACACCGGCCUCACCGUCCUCCGCAUCCUCUCCCAGCGCAACAACGACGAGGUGGCCAAGGAGUUUGUCAAGCUCAAGUCGGACACACGCUCAGCUGAGGAGGGCAGCAGUUAAACCCCCUCUCGCCCCCCCAGCCCUCUCCCCCCACUCCUGGCACCUUUUCUACAGCAUCCUCCAGCCAUGUAUAAGCCAUAAGUGCGGCCACGAGAGGAGUCUCCUUCCCAGCCCUGGUGUGGGUGAGGGGGGGAUGUGGCUCCAGUGACAGACCCACCCUGUCCCUCCCUUGGCCAAACUGGCUGGGUGACAGCGGGGCAGAGCACAGCCGUGCCCCCGUCCCACCCCCAUGGGAAGGUGCUGGGGCUGGUGGGGCUGCAGGGAAGGGCUGGACCCCAGCCUGGGUGAUGGGGCAGAUGUGCCCCUUGCCAGCCUGCCUGAGGUGGAGGAACCCCAAUGGCCCAUCCCUGCCCCCACCCUGUCCUACCCAGCCCCAACCCUCCACGAGUGACAUAAAGAAAGGGCUGGGGGAGUGUCUCAUCCCACCCGGGGUGUUGGUGAGUGGCUGGAAGGCACCAUAGCCCCUUGUCCCCAUCCCUCGAGCAUCAUCGGGCACCCUGAGGGACAGGGAGGCUCCCACCUGCUGAGCACCCUGUACAUAUGUAAAUAGCUGUACAUACAGGGGGCAGCCGGAUGACGAGGCUGUGUCCUGCACCCGGAAGGGCUAUUGGGGCUGUUGGGUGGGGGGUGCAGCCCCCACCUGCCCUGCAGUGUCCCCUCCCUGGCUGGCAGCAGUAUCACUGGGGCCGGAAGCGGCAGGGAGCAGCCCCCGGCCCCUAUCCUGUCUUCCCUGCCAUGCCGCCACCGUGGGCUGCCCCACUGCUGCCCCCAGGGUGCCAGGGCUUGGGGGCAAGGGCUGGGGGCACUGGAGCGGAGGGACCCAUCUCCCUUUGCUCUGGCCAGUGGGGACCAGCCAUCCCUGUGCAGUGCAGCAGCACCCGUGAGACCUCCUUGGUGCAAGCAAGACCCUUCCCACCCCCAGCCCACAGGACCUCCCCCCCACCCCGAGUUCCCAUUAACCACCAUUUCUGCGUGAUCAGUGGUGUGCGUGUCUCGUGCAAGUGUCCAGGAGGCCAGGGUGUGUGGUGUCAGGGGUGGCCACCCCAGCUGGCCAGUUUGCCCUAAGUACUGGGGAAGACAGAGGCCUGAUGACCCCACAAGUCAAUAUAGCUCUCUCAGCCCCCUCCCCAUCCCAAAACAGGGUACCCCAACUGGCCCCCGUGGUCCUUUUUCUAUGGGGCUUGUCUGGGACCAAAGGGUUUAGCUUUCCUCUCUCAUUUCUGUUCAAUGUUUACACCCCUUUUCUAACCGCUGCUCCCACCCGGCCAGGUUGGGGUGCAGCCCUGCACCCCCCGACCGUGGUGUCCCUGGCCCUGUGCCCCCUCCCCAAACUGUCCUGUUUGGCAUGUGAUUGAACCGACCAAUUCUGCUCCUGUAGCACACGUGUCACCGAUGCCUGUGUGUCUGUACCACCCCGUGCGGCACCGCCAGCGGCGGCUACCAUGGAUGCAUGACAGUGAGAUGUUUUGCACUAUUUUGAAUUUUUUGGGCUCUGUAAAAAUAUUUUAUUAUAACUGACAUUAAAAAGCACACCCUUCA